GCCCAACUUGAACGCAACUUUUACGCUUCUCCAGGCAACAGGGCAUCAAGUUAUUAUAAAAUCGACAUAUAAACUUGACAAUGAAGGCCUACUGGUUCGAUAAUCUCCCCGGCGACCAACGCGAGCCACACAACUCUGGCCGCACUCUCGACCCAGACUAUCUCGCCAAACUAGGUGUCAUAUACCACCAUGUCCCCGACGUCUCUGGUGUUGACGUAAUCGCUACAUCCCGCAACUAUAGAAAUCGGGAUGAAAUCACUGUGUCGCCCGAAAAAAUGGGCGCCAUCUACGAGGAGAAGGUGAAGAGUUUUUUCCACGAGCAUCUUCAUGAGGACGAGGAGAUCCGGUACAUUUUAGACGGCGGAGGCUACUUUGACGUUAGAAGUGAGGGGGAUGAUUGGGUGAGGAUUUGGCUGGAGAAGGGAGACCUCAUCAUUUUGCCGCCCGGCAUUUACCAUCGGUUUACUACUGAUGAGCAAAAUUACACCAAGGCUCUGCGCCUGUUCAAGGAUGAGCCCAAGUGGACACCACUGAACAGAGGAAGCGAGACGGACACGAAUCAGUACAGGCAGGAGUACAUCAAGACGGUUCUUACGGCUCAGUAAGCUCCCAACGUUGGGAGUAUGUGCAGACAUGCAAACACGAGCUGAAGUAGAUCAGUCUUUACCAGCGAAUUAUUCCCCUCUUAUUUAGGUCUCGA